AUGACUCUAUUCCAUGUAAGUACUCCAUUCGUUUACGACACAACUACUCUCAUGACGGCGACUACUUUGAUGGUUUCGGUUGGAUCCAUCGGCCUGAUCUCCAACUUCAUUGCAAUGUUCGUUAUCUACCGUAACCCUCUCCUCCAUAACACAUUCGGUCUUUUAUGUUUCUCUCACUUGGUUUCAAACGUUGGAAUGUUAUUCUGUUUCACAACAUGGCCAGUUGCAAUGAUAUUGAAUCAAGAUAACGACUUGGCACACAGUUUGGCUGGAAAACGGUUCGGUCAAUUCACUAUAAUCUUCUGGUGGAGUUGUAUAAUAGCUCAUCUUGCUAUUUCGAUCAAUAGAUAUGUUUCGAUUGUGUUUCCGAUCAAGUCUUACAUCUGGUUCACCGUUCCCAACACAAAAUAUGCCAUCUUUUGUAUCUGGCUCGUCGGCUUCUUGGUCACUAUUCCUUAUUUUUGGCACGAAACAUGCUACGUGGCAUUCAACGCGCAUACUUUUCAAUGGACUUACGCUGAAAAUCCAUGUGGACAGUUUCUAUCUUUAUUCGAUUUCAUCGGUGGUGUGAUUCUCUGCUCGUUCGCUUUCACUAUCGACAUGCUUACUCUAUUCCGUCUUCGAGAAGCAAAUAAUAUGAUGGGAUUGAGUACUCAAACUGCUGUGGAAGCUGCGAAACGAAGGAAAACUGAAAUCCGUUUCUUCACUCAAGCCUUCACUCAAUGCAUUGUUUUCUGCAUUUGUCUUCUCUCUUUUCAUAUUUUCACUCUUUUAUCUGACAGCAUUUGGUGGCAAUUCGCUAUGGUCACAAUGAUUUGGAUCCUCGCUCAUUCAUCAGACGGCCUAAUCGUUGUCCUCUUCCAUUUCCGUUUCUCUCUAUGCAAAAAUAAACGUCUGACGUCUACAAUGAUGCUAAAUUCGUCAACAAACCGAGUGGAAACCACGCAUGCACCGGCUAAAUUCUGA